UUCUCAUCUUUUUAUUCUUAUUCUUUAGUUUUAGUGUUUUUACUUACACACAAAGAUUCUUGUUUUGUGCUUUGUUCUGUGUUUUCUUUAGUGGUUUCUUUCCCUGUUUGGUUGAUCAGAAUAAAAUUGUCUGCGAGAAAGUAACUUGAUUCGAAAUUUUCAAUCUUUUUGAGUGUUGUGUGAAGUUCCAUUGGUUGAGAAGUUGAAGCAUAGUUGGAGCUUCUGUAGAAGUUUGUUUUCAUUUUCUUUUUCCUGCUGUUUCUCAGCAUUCAAACGCAGAAAUGAGAGUGUAAUAGUGAUUGAUACCAUUGCGUGUUUCCUUUUCUGGGUUAUUGGCAGUGUAUAAGAAGCUGUUGGAGGGGAGUGAUAAUGGCUAGGGUUUCAGUGUCAUUGGUGGUGUUCGUGUGGAUAUGGUGUUGGGUGGCUAUGGCGGAAGCAGAGUACUUGAGGUACAAAGAUCCAAAACAACCGGUGGCGAUUCGAUUGAGGGACCUUCUUAACCGAAUGACUCUUGAAGAGAAAAUUGGUCAGAUGACUCAGAUUGACAGGAGUGUUGCCAAUGUUUUGACAAUGAGAACUUACUCCAUUGGGAGUGUAUUGAGUGGUGGUGGCAGCACACCACUUCCUGAGGCUAGUGCUGAAGAUUGGGUUAAUAUGAUAAAUGAAUUUCAGAAGGGUGCUCUUUCUAGUCGUUUGGGUAUUCCAAUGAUCUAUGGUAUUGAUGCUGUGCAUGGACACAAUAAUGUGUAUAAUGCUACAAUCUUUCCGCACAACGUUGGCCUUGGAGCUACAAGGGAUCCCGAUCUGGUUCGAAAGAUUGGUGCUGCUACUGCACUAGAAGUCAGAGCUACUGGCAUUCCUUAUGUAUUUGCGCCAUGCAUUGCGGUAUGCAGAGAUCCAAGAUGGGGUAGGUGUUAUGAAAGCUACAGUGAGGAUCACAAAAUUGUGCAGGAAAUGACAGAAAUCAUUCCAGGUUUACAGGGAGAGAUUCCUUCUAAUUCUCGGAAAGGAGUUCCAUAUGUUGGUGGAAAGACUAAGGUUGCUGCUUGCGCGAAGCACUUUGUAGGUGAUGGCGGGACAACGAAGGGCGUUAAUGAGAACAACACUUUAACUGAUAUGCAUAGCUUGCUUAGCAUCCACAUGCCUGCCUAUUCUGAUUCAGUUAUUAAGGGUAUCUCAACAGUUAUGAUUUCCUACUCCAGCUGGAAUGGAGAAAAAAUGCAUGCACACCGUGAGCUAGUUACUGGAUUUCUCAAAGAUACCCUUAAAUUUAAGGGUUUUGUUAUAUCAGACUGGGAAGGAAUUGACAGGAUUACUACUCCUCCACAUGCUAACUACACAUACUCUGUCCAAGCUGCUGUUCAAGCUGGCAUUGACAUGGUUAUGGUUCCUUACAACUACAGUGAGUUCAUCAGUGAUCUUACCAACCUGGUUAAUAACAACAUCAUCCCCAUGGAUAGAAUUGAUGAUGCUGUGCAGCGGAUUUUGCUUGUUAAGUUUGCCAUGGGUCUUUUUGAGAAUCCAUUGGCUGAUUAUAGCUUAGUAAAUGAGCUGGGGAGCCAGGAGCACAGAGACUUGGCUAGGGAGGCAGUAAGAAAAUCGCUGGUGCUGCUGAAGAAUGGAAAAAAUGAAACUAGUCAAGUAUUACCUCUCUCCAAGAAGGUUCACAAAAUCCUUGUUGCUGGUGCUCAUGCUGAUAAUUUGGGUUAUCAAUGUGGUGGUUGGACAAUUUCAUGGCAAGGAUUCAGUGGAAACAAGAACACAAGGGGAACUACUAUUGUUGAUGCCAUAAAAUCAACAGUUGAUCCAAACACAGAGGUAAUCUAUAGCGAGAACCCUGAUGCUGAGUUUGUCAAGUCCAAUGAUUUUGCAUACGCCAUUGUUGUUGUUGGCGAGCACCCAUAUGCCGAAACUGCAGGGGACAGCACAACUCUGACAAUGGCUGAUCCUGGGCCCAAUGUUAUCAACAAUGUCUGUCCAGGUGUUAAGUGUGUGGUUGUCGUCAUUUCGGGUAGACCUAUUGUGAUUGAACCCUACCUUGCUUCAAUGGAUGCCCUGGUGGCAGCAUGGUUGCCAGGAUCUGAAGGACAAGGCAUUGCUGAUGUUCUUUUUGGGGAUUACGGAUUUACUGGGAAGCUUCCAAGGACAUGGUUCAAGACUGUAGAUCAAUUGCCAAUGAAUUACGGUGAUCCUCACUAUGAUCCACUCUUCCCUCUUGGGUUUGGACUCAAAACCGAGUCUGUUAAAGAGCUUGUGGCUAGGUCAACAUCAUCAGAAGGUGUUGUUGGAAGGCCAUUUGCUCUUCUCAUUGUGGCUUCUGUAUUUAUUAGUUUAUUUUCUUUUGAGAGGUGGACGAAGUUUUGAGCAGCUGCAAAUUGGAUUUUUGGAGGUUCUGUUGGUUGAUUUAGGUUAUAGACAGUGUUCCUCCCAGCUUCUAAGUUAUUAUUUUAGUAGCUGACUAGAAUAGAAGCAGCCUCAACCCUUCACCAUUUUUUUAAAACUCUUGUAGCAAGAGCCUGAUGAAGAUAGUUUGUGACAAGAAUCUCUUAGCUCUCAGUUAUUAUUUCUUUUCUUAUUACAGUGUAUUAUUGUCAUUUAAACAAUUUCCCUUCCGCAAAAUUGGAUUUUAUUAUCUGUAGUUUCAUAAUCAUCCAUCUCUUUAAUCAUAUAUUAGUUUCUUGUGGAUAAAGUAAUUAUCUAUCUAUACA